UGAUCGUCAAAGAGCCGCCAGUGGAGCUCAGUUGCGGGUCGCCCCUGUGCUUCCAGAACCAGAACCGCAGCCCGUCCGGAACUUUGAUUCUUUCAAUCAGUCGCUGGUUGUUGCUGUUCAGAACCGGAACCAGAACCGAAACCAGAACCAGGGACCUGAGGACGGAGGGCAGAGCUUUCAGUUUGUUCACCUGAACAUGGCUUCAACCACCUGCACCAGGUUCACCGAUGAGUACCAGCUCUACGAGGAGCUGGGCAAGGGAGCCUUCUCUGUGGUGAAGAGGUGCAUGAAGAUCUCCACGGGACACGAGUACGCCGCCAAGAUCAUCAACACCAAGAAGCUGUCAGCCAGGGAUCACCAGAAGCUGGAGCGCGAGGCGCGGAUCUGCCGCCUGCUCAAACACGCCAACAUCGUGCGGCUCCAUGAAAGCAUAUCAGAGGAAGGAUUCCACUACCUGGUCUUUGACCUGGUUACUGGAGGGGAGCUGUUUGAGGACAUCGUGGCCCGAGAGUUCUACAGCGAAGCUGAUGCCAGUCACUGCAUCCAGCAGAUCCUGGAGGCCGUGCUCCACUGCCACCAGAUGGGCGUGGUUCACCGCGACCUGAAGCCGGAGAACCUGCUGCUGGCCAGCAAGCUGAAGGGGGCGGCGGUCAAACUGGCGGACUUCGGCCUGGCCAUCGAGGUCCAGGGGGACCAGCAGGCCUGGUUCGGUUUUGCCGGGACGCCGGGGUACCUGUCUCCAGAGGUCCUGAGGAAGGACCCGUACGGGAAGCCGGUGGACAUGUGGGCCUGUGGGGUGAUCCUCUACAUCCUGCUGGUGGGCUACCCUCCGUUCUGGGACGAGGACCAGCACCGCCUCUACCAGCAGAUAAAAGCCGGAGCCUAUGACUUCCCGUCCCCAGAGUGGGACACGGUGACGGCCGAGGCCAAAGACCUCAUCAACAAGAUGCUGACCAUCAACCCGGCCAAGAGGGUCACAGCCGCCGACGCCCUCAAACACCCCUGGAUCUGUCAACGCUCCACAGUGGCCGCCAUGGUCCACAGGCAGGAGACAGUGGAGUGCCUGAAGAAGUUCAAUGCCAGGAGGAAGCUGAAGGGAGCCAUCCUGACCACCAUGCUCGCCACUCGGAACUUCUCAGUAGCCAGGGGCCUGAUGAACAAAAAGACAGACGGCGUCAAAGAGCCUCAGACCACAGUGAUCCACAACCCGGCCGACGGAAACAAGGAGUCCAGUGAAAGCUCCAACACCACCAUGGAGGAUGAUGAUGUCAGAGCGCGUAAACAGGAGAUCAUUAAAGUGACGGAGCAGCUGAUUGAGGCCAUCAACAGCGGAGACUUUGAGGCCUACACGAAGAUCUGUGAUCCCGGCAUGACGUCCUUUGAGCCGGAGGCUUUGGGAAACCUGAUCGAAGGAACCGACUUCCACCGCUUCUACUUUGAAACAGCUCUGUCCAAAAGGAACCCCCAAGUCCACACCAUCCUGCUGAACCCCCACGUCCACCUGCUGGGCGACGAGGCCGCCUGCAUCGCCUACAUCCGCCUCACCCAGUACGUGGACGGCGGCGGAGUGCCGCGCACCAUGCAGUCAGAGGAGACCCGCGUCUGGCACCGCCGCGACGGCAAAUGGCAGAACAUCCAUUUCCACCGCUCCGGCUCGCUCACCGUCCCCACCAACUGAAGAUGCUCCUGGACCACAGCUGGCGUCCAGCAGUCGGCUGACCCCGCCCACCCCCUGGCCUUCGCUAUAGCUCCGCCCUCAGUUUGGGUCUGUGGUUCUGUUGGGCCGAUGAGGAGGAUCCACGGUUCUGGAGGUUCCAGUCGGCAGCAACAGCUUUAGAUCCAGAUGUUUAAGUCCCGCCCCCAUCGGCGUCAGUUUGAGCUCAGCUUCCUGCUGAAACUUUUCCUGCUCUGCUUUAAGCCCCCCCCCCCCGCUGCCCCCCCUCCCCCCUCCCCU